AUGGGAAAAUCAAACAGCAAGCUCAAGCAGGAGGUGGUGGAGGAACUGACCAGGAAGACCUACUGUGAGUGACCUUCUCUUUUUAUGUUCUCUCUUUUCAACUGGACUGAGAUAGGACGUGGAUUGUAUAAAAUGCUAAUAUGUUAUGUGGGGAUAACAAAAUUAUUGUAACAUGCAAUAAUAAAUAACCUAUAAUAAUAAAUGCCUAUUUAAUAACUAUGUAACAGAACUAUAAGAGCACUGAACCAAGACUGAUCUAGUGCUGGUGCAUUUUCCAGUGCAUUUUAUGAUGAGCAACAGUGAAUAAAAUACUACUAAAUGUGUGCCUCAUAUGACCUGGUUUCCAUGUAGCCUGUAUAAGACAUCUACGCUUCUGUUUCACUUAAUCCUCAGAAACAACAGAACAAAUUGAAGGCCCAAUGCAGGCGUUUUUAUAUCAAUAUCAAAUAAUUUCUGGGUAACCUUACAGAUUUCUAUUAAAAUGGGCAAAAACAGCUUUUUUAGCAAAAAAUGCGUGGGGAGGGGAAAACCGAAAACUAGCUGUUAUUGGCAGAGGUUUGGAACUCUCUUUGUUAUUGGUCUAUUAACCAAUUUACCGCAUGGUGAUGUCACCAUGGAAAGCCCAAACUCCCGCUCAUGCUGAUUAGAAGGUCCUGUGUAGAUUGUGCAGAUCAACUAUCAGGAAAUAACACUGAUCACAUUUUCCACUCUUUUACAGUGUUAGUUUAGUCAGCUGUUACAAUAUGAUACAAAACACAGGAAAAACAGAAUUUUCACUGCACUGGGCCUUUAAAUGUCAGCUCCUCUGUGGAUAUAGACUAGGCUUCAUAUUUUUGGCUUGCAUAAAUAUUUAUAUGGUGUCACAAAUUGUGAUUAGUUCAGGUCUUUUGAAACCCUCCACUGGGAAGGAGAGAUCUCUGAAUAUGCAGAUGGGGUUAAGACUUUGGAUCAGCAAUCAAGCUGGUGUUUUGCCAAAGUUAGCAAAUAUGGGCUUGAUGGCGCCUUCAUACAUUUCCAUAAGUAUGCACAUUUAGGCAAAGGUCUUCAAGUAGCAGGCGAAAGAACACUAUUUUAAUUGUUGGCAGUAGGUCACUUAGCCUAAGUCAAGCAAAGUGGACUGGAGGCAUUUGCAGCAAUAACAAGAUAAUCACAAUUAUGUUAAUUAGGAUCUCUAAUCACAGAAUGAACGUAUCCACGUAUCCACAUAGCCGUCCAUUUUGCAUAUAAAUAAAUAUUGCUUUUUGUUCUUUCAGCAUUUAGAAGACUAGAGUUGAAACGUUCUCUAUUUGUUGUGCUCACAGUAUCUAGUCUAGUGGGUGGUGGUUAGCCUGUAGCAUAGCAUGCCAGGUGAUGGGUGGGAGUUGACAGCCAAUGGCUGCCUAAUGACAGUGCUGUUCACGCGGUGGGCUUCACCACAACCAGGAAAGGCUGCUGUGGCAGGAGAUUGAAGUGGUGAGGAAGAUUGGGCUUCGUGCUGGGAUGGGCUGUUUGCUACUGUACUUUAUUCAGCUCUCUCUCUCUCUCGCUCUCGCUCUCACUCUCUCGCUCUCUCUCUCAUCCCCUAAUUGCCCUAUUUGAACAGAAUAGUAUAAUUAGGAUCCCAUCUGCUUAGCUUUGCACAGAGGGGCACCCAGCCUUUUCUCCCAGCAUGUCCACUCCCUUACCCCGCUCUCGUCUAAUUUAGACCCCUUAUCGUUUCUCCCCUCAUUUCUUUCUGAUUCCUCUUAUCCCUCUCCUGUGGAGAGGCUUAAAUAUUCUUCCUCUGACUUAUAAAUCAUAUAAUUUCUUCCUUUCCCAUUGGAAGUUGUUUUCAGUGAUCCAUUUUGAGCUCAGGAAGUUGUAGGCCUGUUUUCAGUGCCAUAAUAAAAUAUUAAAAGAAGCUGGCUUACCCUACUGUCCUGUCCAAGGCACACACCCAAAUUAGAGGAGGAGCACCAUCUGUGCGUUAGCAAAAUUUCAGGAUGCAGUUCUGGAGAUGUUUAUUUUUUUUGCAUCUAAGGUACUUUGACAGCCAGUCAAGUAAAUCUCAUAAGCAACGUUGUUACUCUUAUUGCCAACCUCACUUUGAUCCAAUGUCAAGUUUGAGACAUUCACUUUUGACACUUCAAAUAGCCUAUCUAUAAUUAUGCCAGUCUUACACGUUUGGUUGUGCAGGCCAGAAAGCAGAGAUACUUCCUCUGCUUGCCUUCUUUCUUUAUUAGCUAUUUCAAUUUGUCAAUAUAACAAGCAUUUCAUAUUGCAUGUUAUGGCUUAAAACAUACCCAUCUUUUAAUGUAGGGGACCACAGUUUAGCCUACUGUACCUAAAACUGAACAAGCCAAAUGGUUUUCCAAAUGACUGGUCUGAUAUCAUAUGGAAAGAGGAAUCCCAGUCAAAUAACUUGAGGAUGUAAUGGUCGCAGUUGUAAAUGAGAACUCAACUGGCUUACCUGGUUAAAUAAAGGUUAAAAAAGAAAAAAGGAUGUAAUAGCUGUUUUUGUUAGCCGUCAGACUCAGCUCAGCGGUUGAUACUGACAUAGUGCAUGCUGGAUGUGAGCAGGCCUGCAGGGCUAAAUGAGCUGAGCUGCUAGCCCUGGCCUCACUGCUCUCAUCCGUCCUCCUAGGCUGAUUGUAUUACUGCCCAUUGCCUUUAACUGAGUUACGUAAUAAAACUUGAUUAAAUCAUAGCCAUGGUGAAUUGCCUAGAUUUUUUGACGCCAUUGACUUUUGAGGCCAAUUUCAUGGCUUGGCUUGCCUGACAGUCGUGAGAUUGACUCUGGAAUUUAUGACUGUGUCACAUGAUGAUACUCUGUGAAGGGCUGAGCAAAGCAAAGUGAAGCAGGGAUGUACAUGUGGGCAUAGGCUAUACCCUCAGUAUCAUGGCUCAGGCUAAAACCCAGAUACAGACACAGGAGGUGGAUAGUACGAGUCUCAGAGUUUAUUACAGUACAAGGGGCAGGCAAUCGGUAGGUCAAGGCAGGCAAAGAGUCGUAAUCCAAAUCAGAGUCAGGCAGGUACAGGACGGCAGGCAGGAUCAGGGUCAGGACAGGCAGAAAGGUCAGAACUGGGAAGACUAGAAAAAGCAAAAACUAGAGUUCAGGAAACACGGGAACAUGCUGGUAGGACUUGACGGGACAAGACGAACUGGCAACAGACAAACAGAAAACGCAGGUAUAAAUACACAUGAGGUAAUGGGAGACACCUGGUGGGGGUUGAAGACAAUCACAAGACAGGUGAAACAGAUUAGGGUGUAACACUGUGGAAAUUGGUUGCAUCAUGUCUCUUUACUGAUCUUAUACUAACUGCACCAGUCAGUCACAAUACUGGACAAUGAUUCUGGUUGUAAAUAGGCUAAUAACAAUAUUGUAACUAGUCUGUUAAGAGAGAACAAAUAGCUUGGCUGGGUCAUUCUCACAAAACUGACACUUGACCCAAAAAUUCUCAAGUGUAAUUUUUCCAGAAAUUACCUCUAGAAUCACUGAGAUUAGGAUCUGUACUUUUCUAUUUAAUAAUAAUAAUAAUUAUGUUUUUUGAUGCAUUUUACAACCAUUUCCACAACUACCAACACAAAAUGUUUUAUUACCGCAACAGUUUUCAAAGUCCAAAAAAGUAAUAAACAAAUCAAUUUCUAAUAUUUUUGACAUUGCUCCCCUAAUGAAAAAACAUGACUGAAAAUAAAAAUGUCUUUCGUAAUUUAUCUCAUUGCGUAAAACAACCUUUUUUUGGUCAUAAUCACUUUUGUAUACAUGUUUUUUGUUGUUGUUGAUUUAUGUAGACAUAUUUCGAUAAAGAACAAAAGUCACAUUAAGCCAAAAUUGGUAAAGUACAGUGCAUUCGGAAAGUAUUCAGACCCCUUGACUUUUUUCACAUUUUUUCCCCCCCUCAUCAAUCUACCCUAUAAUGACAAAGCAAAAACAGAUUUUUAGAAAUUUUAGCAAAUGUAUUACAAAUAAAAAAACGGAAAUAUCAACUUUACAAAAGUAUUCAGACCCUUUACUCAGUACUUUGUUGAAGCACCUUUGGCAGCGAUUAUAGCCUCGAGUCUUCUUGGGUAUGACGCUACAAGCUUGGCACACCUGUAUUUGGGGAGUUUCUCCCAUUCUUCUCUGCAGAUCCUCUCAAGCUCUGUCAGGUUGGAUUGGGAGCGUUGCUGCACAGCUAUUUUCAGCUCUCUUCAGAGAUGUUCGAUCGGGUUCAAGUCCAGGCUCUGGCUGGGCCACUCAAGGACAUUAAGAGACUUGUCCCGAAUUUCACUCCUGUGUUGUCUUGGCUGUGUGCUUAGGGUUGUUGUCCUGUUGGAAGGUGAACCUUUGCCCCAGUCUGAGGUCCUGAGCGCUCUGGAGCAGGUUUUCAUCAAGGAUCUCUCUGUACUUUGCUCUGUUCAUCUUUCCCUCAAUCAUGACUAGUCUCCCAGUCCCUGCCGCUGAAAAACAACCCCACAGCAUGAUGCUGCCACCACCAUGCUUCACCGUAGGGAUGGUGCCAGGUUUCCUCCAGUCAUGACACUUGGCAUUCAGGCCAAAGAGUUCAAUCUUGGUUUCAUCAGACCAGAAAAUCUUGUUUCUCAUGGUCUGAGAGUCUUUAGGUGCCUUUUGGCAAACUCCAAGCGGACAGUCAUGUGCAUUUUACUGAGGAGUGGCUUCCGUCUGGCCACUCUACCAUAAAGGCCUGAUUAGUGAAUUGCUGCAGAGAUGGUUGUCCUUCUGGAAGGUUCUCCCAUCUCCACAGAGGAACUCUGGAGCUCUGUCAGAGUGACCAUCAGGUUCUUGGUCACCUCCCUGACCAAGGCCCUUCUCCCCCGAUUGCUCAGUUUGGCCAGCACUAGGAAGAGUCUUGGUGGUUCCAAACUUCUUCCAUUUAAGAAUGAUGGAGGCCACUGUGUUCUUGGGGACCUUCAAUGCUGCAGAAAUUUUUUGGUACCCUUCCCCAGAUCUGUGUCUCGAUACAAUCCUUUGACCUCAUGGCUUGGUUUUUACUCUGACAUGCACUCUCAACUGUGGGACCUUAUAUAGACAGGUGUGUGCCUUUCCAAAUCAUGUCCAAUCAAUUGAAUUUACCACAGGUAGACUCCAAUCAAGUUGUAGAAACAUCUCAAGGAUGAUCAAUGGAAACAGGAUGCACCUGAGCUCAAUUUUGAGUCUCAUAGCAAAGGGUCUGAAUACUUAUGUAAAUAAGGUAUCUGAUUUUUGUUUUUUAUAACAUUUGAAAAAAUUUAUAAAAACCACUUUUUGCUUUGUCGUUAUUGGGUAUUGUGUGUAGAUUGAUGAUGGAAAACAUUUAUCUAAUCAAUUUUACACUGUAACGUAAAAAAUGUGGAAAAGGGGAAGGGGUCUGAAUACUUUCCGAAUGCACUGUAUAUGUUUUUUUUCUUCCUGAUAUUUCCUAAAUAUUGGUGCGUUACGGUAAUGAUGAGCAGGUUUCAGAGAUGAGAUUGCAUGUUUCGGUAAAGAGUGUUGCAUAGUUUGCCAUUGAAAAACUACUGAUCUCUAUAGACAGGUUGGUUGUUUAGCAACAAAACGCGUGUACACAACUAUGGGGCAAAACAAACUGGGUUGGCAUAGAUUGUUGACAACAUGUAAGCUAUAUUUCGUCUCCAAUGUUUAUUGAAAACAUAAAUAUAUUUGCACAAUGAGCACUUGUUGUUUCUCAUAUACAUUGUUACAGUUGUUGGUUAGCUAGCUAGUGAAUUUGAGCCAUAUUAGCAUUGACAUGAAAUCAGUCAAAACACCUCAAAACAAGACAUGGUAUCAAGAAGAAGAUGAAAUGAGCUGAAAUGAGCCACUUACGAUUUCCUACAUGGCAGUUUCUUGUAAUUCUUGCUAGCAAUCUUGCCAUCCAGAAUCACAACAACACGUUGACUUCUGCCCCAUGGAAGUGCACACAUCGUUUCCGUGACAUUGUCAGCUAACCCAUCUCAGAGAUUCAGUAACCAAACAUAUCAUCAAAGUGUGUCAUUGUUAAUCACAAAUGACUUACACAAUACUCAAAUCCCUGAUCUUAAUGCAAUUUACAAAAAUAACCUUGUACUAAGUACUGUAAUUACAUGCAUGUAUUUUGAAAAGUCAAAAGUGGACACAUUUUAUUUUUAGAAUUUAUCCAAGGUCUUUACAGGUAAUAUUGGUGUGAUUGUUAUAUUAGGAUGUGGAUAUUUUUGGUUGUAAGGUAUUUUAAAUGUAUUUCUGGGCUGAAUGGGAUCCUAUGGGCAAACGGCAUAACACAAUAUGCCUAUAAAGUAUCUAAAUACGUGAGAUAUGGACCACAAACUGGUGAUAUCAAACAACAGUAUAGGUAAGUGUGAAAACAGGUACACAUGUCAAAAUGGAUGUCACGGAUUCAGCCGAGGCUGCUCCUCCUCCUUGCUCGGGCAGGCUUUGGCGUUCAUCGUCCCCGGAGUACUAGCUGCUGCCGAUCGAUGUUUCGGUGUUUGUCUUGUUUGGUCUUUAUUGUUUACACCUGUUUCCCAUUAUGUUUUAUUGUGUUCCCUUUAUAACCCUCGGUUUCUCAUUGUGUAUUGUGCGUAAUUGUUUUGGUCUUUGCGGCAGUUGCCCAUGUGUGCGGGUCAUAUUAUUUCCUCUCUGAUUGAGGUUGCCUUUGUACUUUGUAUUUGCACUGCAUCCAGUAAAGUUUCUGCCAGUAGCUCGGUGUCCUGCUCUUGACUUCGCCUACCGCAUACACGUCGCUGUGACAGAAUUACGCACCUUUAGACAUGGAGUAGGCAGGAGCGGCGGUGCCAGCUGGAUCAAUAGAAGAGCGUGAAGAACAACAAGCGGCUAUGAUCCAGGCUCUCGGCACCGCCAUGGAAUAGGUGGUGAAAACCGUGGAGCGAUGGGAGAGAAGAAGUUGGUCAUACGUUAAUCCUCCUCCGACGAUACCACCACCAUCAGCUAUGCCCAUCGCUUCAUCUCCGGGGUCCAGUGGGAUUCAGCUCUCGCUCCCGAGGGCUUAUGAUGGCACAGCUGCCGGGUGUCAGGGUUUCCUGCUCCAGGUUAGAACUCUACCUGGCAACCAUCCACCCGGCGCCCUCGGGAUACGAGAGCGUGUCCGCCCUCAUCUCCUGUCUGUCCGGCAAGGCACUGGAGUGGGCCAACGCAGAGUGGGGGGGAAUAGACGCCGCUACAGUCAACUAUGCGGAGUUCACCCGCCGCUUCAGGGCAGUAUUCGAUCAUCCACCAGAGGGUAAGGCGGCGGGUGAACGUCUAAUCCACCUCCGACAGGGGAGGAGGAGCGCGCAGGAGUUCGCACUGGACUUCCGGACGCUGGCUGCCAACGCGGGAUGGAAUGAGAGGGCCCUCAUCGACCACUACAGAUGUAGCCUGAGGGAGGACGUGCGUCGGGAAUUGGCCUGCAGGGACACCAACCUAAACUUUGAUCAACUGGUGGACAUGUUGAUUCGCCUGGACACCCUGUUGGCUACCCGCGGACGUCCGGACUCGGGGCCGUCCAUUCCAUCCCCCAGCCCUUCCGAGCCGACCCCUAUGGAGCUCGGAGGUGCUAGUACUAGGAGAGAGACCAGGAGAGAGGCCGUCCCCUGCACCAACUGUGGCCGCAGAGGACACACUGCUGGUCGGUGCUGGGGAGGGUCUCCUCGGAAUCGAGUCAGUAGGCCGCGCACUGAUGAGUCAUUCCAGGUGAGUAGGUGCCCAACUCACCCAGAGCUCCCUGUUGCGUAUAUGUGUAUUAGAGUUGUGUUUCCCGAGGUUUCUCCUCAUUCCCAUCAUAAGGCGCUAGUCGAUUCAGGUGCAGCUGGAAAUUUUAUCGAUCGCCAUUUCACCCAUAAGUUAGGGAUUCCUAUAGUUCCAGUGGAUGUGCCCUUCCCUAUCCAUGACCUAGAUAGUCGCCCUUUGGGGUCUGGGUUGAUUAGGGAGGUCACGGCGCCGCUCAUGAUGAAAACGCAGGAGGGCCAUGAGGAGAUAAUUCGGUUGUAUUUGAUUGGUUGACGUCUCAUGACCCCAACAUUUCAUGGCAACAGAGGGCUCUCAACGGAUGGUCUGAUCAGUGUGUCGGGAGGUGUGUGGGUGUUUCCGUAGGGGCCACGACGGUGGAAAGUCCGAACCAAGUUCCCACCAUGCACAUUCCACCUGAAUAUGCCGAUUUGGCUCUCGCCUUCUGUAAAAGGAAGGCGACUCAAUUACCACCCCAUCGACAGGGGGAUUGUGCGAUAAACCUCCAAGUAGGCGCUGCGCUUCCCCGUAGCCAUGUGUAUCCUCUGUCUCAGGCGGAGACGGCGGCUAUGGAAACAUAUGUCGCCGAAUCGCUGAGACAGGGAUACAUACGGCCGUCCACUUCCCCUGCGUCCUCAAGUUUAUUUUUUGUGAAGAAGAAAUAUGGGGGUUUACGCCCGUGUAUUGACUACCGUGGUCUCAAUCAGAUCACCAUCAAAUACAGCUAUCCUCUCCCUCUGAUUGCUAGUAUGACGGAGUCAUUACACGGGGCGCGAUUCUUCACAAAACUGGAUCUCAGGAGCGCGUACAACCUGGUGCGCAUUAGGGAGGGAGAUGAGUGGAAGACAGCAUUCAGUACCACCUCGGGUCACAAUGAGUACCUCGUCAUGCCAUACGGUUUAAUGAAUGCUCCUUCAGUCUUCCAAUCGUUUGUGGAUGAGAUUUUCCGGGACUAGCAUGGACAGGGUGUAGUGGUGUAUAUUGAUGACAUUCUAAUAUACUCCAUUACCCGCGCAGAGCAUGUGUCCCUGGUUCGUCGGGUGCUUGGUAGACUGUUGGAGCAUGACCUGUAUGCAAAGGUAGAGAAAUGUCUGUUCUUCCAGGAGUCCAUCUCCUUCCUGGGACACCGGUUGUCCGCGUCAGGGAUGGAGAUGGAGAUUGACCGUGUUUCAGCCGUGCACAAUUGGCCGACUCCCUCCACGGUGAAGGAAGUGCAGCGGUUCUUGGGUUUUGCCAAUUACUACCGGAGGUUUAUCCGGGGCUUUGGGCAGGUAGCAGCUCCCAUUACCUCCCUGCUAAAGGGGGGUCCGGUGCGUCUGCAGUGGCCGGCUGAGGCGGAUAGGGCUUUUAGGCAUCUGAAGGACCUGUUUACCUCGAUCCGGUGCUGGCACAUCCGGAUCCCUCUUUGGCGUUCCAAGUUGAGGUGGAUGCGUCCGAGGCUGGGAUCGGUGCUGUACUGUCUCAGCGCUCAGGUAUGCCACCUAAACUCCGCCCCUGUGCUUUCUUUUCUAAGAAGCUCAGUCCGGCGGAGCGCAAUUAUGAUGUGGGGGACAGGGAGCUGUUAGCUGUGGCAAGCCCUGAAGGUGUGGAGGCAUUGGCUUGAGGGGGCUAAACACCCUUUUCUCAUUUUGACUGACCAUCGUAACCUGGAGUACAUCCGGGCGGCGAGGAGGCUGAACCCUCGCCAGGCUAGGUGGGCUAUGUUUUUCACCCAAUUUGUAUUUACGCUCACCUAUAGACCAGGGGUCACAGAACGCUAAGGCAGACGCCCUGUCCCGACUAUAUGACACAGAGCAGAGGUCCAUUGAGCCUACUCCCAUACUUCCGGAGUCUUGUCUGGUGGCACCGGUGGUAUAGGGAGGUUGAUGCGGACAUCGAGCGGGCGUUACGUACCGAUCCUACUCCCCCACAGUGUCCAGAGGGUCAGAAGUACGUGCCGCUCGAGGUUCGUGAUCGAUUACUAUAUUGGGCUCACAUGUCACCUUCCUCUGGCCAUCCUGGUAUUGGACGGACAGUGCACUGCCUUAGUGGAAAGUACUGGUGGCCCACUUUGGCUAAGGACGUGAGGGUUUAUGUUUCCUCCUGCUCGGUGUGCGCUCAGUGUAAGGCGCCUAGACACCUACCCAGGGGGAAAUUACAACCCCUACCUGUUCCACAACGACCGUGGUCUCACCUCUCAGUGGAUUUCGUCACGGACCUUCCCCCCUCCCGGGGAAUACGACGAUCUUGGUCGUUGUGGAUCGGUUUUCAAAGGCCUGCCGUCUCAUUCCUAUGCCAGGUCUCCCUACAGCCUACAAACUGCUGACGCCCUGUUUACACACGUCUUCGGCACUACGGGGUACCUGAGGAUAUAGUGUCUGAUCGGGGUCCCCAGUUCACCUCUAGAGUCUGGAGGGCGUUUAUGGAACGUCUGGGGGUCUCGAUUAGCCUUACCUCAGGGUUUCGCCCCGAGAGUAAUGGGCAGGUGGAGAGAGUGAACCAGGAUGUGGGUAGGUUUCUGAGGUCCUAUUGGGGGGGGGGGGGGGGGAAAAUUCCCCGGGCAAAUAGCCCAAAAUCCUUCGCCCUUCAAAAUUUUCCCCUUUUUGGGGUCUUUUAAAGGGGGCACCUUUGGGGGGGGAUGGCCCCCCGGGGAAUUUGGGCGGGGCGGGGAAAACCGAACGGGCCCCACAAGGGGGGCCCCCGGGGGGGAGGCCCCCUGGGGGUCCGGGGGUUUCACAAAACGGCCCCUUUUGCCCAAAAAAUGCCCCGGCUCCCCCGGGAAGUGGGUGGGGGUUUUCCAUUAAUUUGGGGAAAUUUAACUUUUUUUUUUCCCGGCCCUUAAUGCCACUUCCCCUUUCCUGGUCCCUCCCGGGGGGAAAAGGGGUCCCUAAAGGGGGCCGGGUCCCCCGCCCCCCCCCCCCGGGGGGGCCCCCGGGUUCCGUUUAUAUUCGGGGGGGGGGGGGAAUUUUGGGGGUUUAGGGGAAAAAAAAAGGAAGGGGGCCCCCCCAGGGACAUUGUCCCUCCGGGGGUUUUUACCGGGGGACUGCCCCCCUGGGCGUCCUUGCCGUCCCUCCCGGGGGCGGCGCCCGGGUGGGCCCCGUCGGGGGGGACGUUCCGGAUUGGGUGUCCCCUUUUUGCUUUUUCAGGUUUUGCCCUUUUGGGGGGAUCGCCCCCCCCCCCCGGGGGGGUCUUUUUUUUUCACCUGCCCCCCUUUUUAAGUUUUUUGGUUCCCCCCCUUCUCCCCCCCCCCCCCCAAAAAAGGGGCCCCUCCAUUGGGUUUACCCCUUUUUUAGGUUUUUCCCGAAAAGUAAAUUCCCCUUUCCCCCCCCCCCCUUUGGAAAUUUUUAUUCCCCUUUUUUUUUAAAAAUUUUUUAAAAUUUUUUUGGGAAGUUUUUGGAAAUGUUUCCCAAAAUUUUUUCCCCCUUUCCCUUUAAAAAAAUUUUUUUGGGGGGUUUGGACCAAAAAAAUUUUUGCCGAAAUUUUUCUUUUUUUGUUAAAUUUUCUUUCCCCAGUUCCCAAAAAAAAAAAAAUUUUCCCCUUUUUUUAAACCCCUUUUAAAAAAUUUUUUUUAAAAAUUUUUUUUUAUUUUAAAAACCCGGGGUUUUUUUCCAGAAAACGUUUUUUAAAUUUUAAAAGGUUUUUAUUGUUUCUUUUAAAAAAAAACAAUUUUUUUGGAAAAAUUUAAAUAAUUUAUAACCCCCAAUUCUUUUUAAAAAAAAAUUUUUUUAAAAAAUUUUUUUUUUUGAAAGGGGGGUUUUUUUCAAAAAAAUUUUGGGAAAAACCCAAAAAAUUUAUUAUGCCAAAAAUUUUUUAAAAUUUUUUGGGUUUCUAAAAAAAACUUUUUUAUUAAAAAUUUUUUCCCCCCCCAAAUUUAAACCCCAAAAAUUAAAAUUUUAAAGACCAAAAUUUUAAUUUUUUUUAAAACCCAAUUUGAAAAUUUUUAAAAAAAAAAUUUUUUUAAAAAAAAAAUUUUAAGGGGCUUUUAAAAAAGGCCCGAACUAAACCCUUAAUUUAUUUAUUUUGGGAAAAAUUUUUUAAACUUUGGGGGUUUUUUAAGAAUUAAAAAAAAUUUGUAUUUCCUAAGAAAAUUUUUUAAAUUUUUUAAAAUUUUUUUAAGUUUUUUUUUUUAAAAUUUUGGGAAAAAACACAUUGUUUUUUAUUAAAAAUUUUUUUUUUGGGAAAAAAAUUUUUGGGGAAAAACCAAAAAAAUUUUUUUUUUUUGGGCUUUUUAUAAAAACCAAAAUUCCUCCCUUUAGGGCCCUCUUUUUUUGACGCGCUUGGGGGGCCAAAUUUUUUGUAAAUUUAAAUUUUGAGGGGGUUUUUCUAUUUUUCCCAAAAAUUUUUUCCUUUUUUAAAGGGCCAAUUUUUUAAGGAUUUUAAAGGACCUUUUGGGGGUAAAAUGAAUUUUUCUUUGCUUAAGGUUUAAAAAAAUUUUUUCCUUUAUGUUUAAAAAUUUCUUUUUUUUUUUACCCCUUUUUGGGGUUUUUUCCCUUGGCCUUUCAAAAUUUUUUUUUUUUUUUUUUUUUGGGAAAAAAGGAAAAAAAAUUUUUUAAAAAUUUAAAAAAAAAAAACCCAAAAAUUUUUUAAAAAAAAAAAUUUUUUAUUUUUCCCCCCCAAAAAAAAUUUUAAAAAUUAAAAAAUCCAAAAAAUUUUAAAAAAAUCCCCCUUUGGGAAAAAAUUAAAGUUUUCUUUCAUUUUAACCCCCGGGGCCCCCCCAAAACCAAAACUUUUAAAAGGCCCAAAAAGGGGGAAGGUUUGGGGAAUUUUUAAAAAACCCCCCCCCAACCAAAAUUUUAAAAAAGAAAAAUUUUUUAAAAUCAAAAAAAUAAAACCCAAAAAAAAAAUGAAGGGGAUAUAAAAAAAAAAAGUUGAUCUUCUUCCCCCUAAAACCCCCUUUUUAAAACCAAAAAUUUUAAAAAAGAAAGGGGGUUUAAAAACCCCAAAAAUUUUCCCCCAAAAAAAUUUUUCUCGGAUUAACUUUGGGAUUUAAACCACUUUGCUUUCAAAAGAAACCCCCCCUUUUUUUUAAGUUAGCCAUGAGAGAAAAAGUACUUUUCAGAAUGACUGUUCAGGAUCUUCCAGUUUAAGGAGUGGUCCUAGUAAAUUAAUAAAGUUACCAGCACAGCACACCCAAAUUAAGGUUCUCAUUACCGAAAUGGACCUAAAAGUUGUGUGGUAAUGAGAAAUGUGUGUUUCGGUAAUGAGACGCCCUAAACUCAAUCUGCAAAUAUUAGGAGACAGAUUAUUAUGAGUCAGCAAUCAAUUGACCUCAUCACUAAAGCCCAUUCAUGACACUCUGGAUAAGAGCGUCUGCUAAAUGAUGUAAAUGUAAAUGUAAAUGACACCAUGUUGGUACGUUAAUGGUUCUCUGACUUUUCUCAAAUUUGACCUUUUUAGCCAUUACGGUAAUGAGAAGGCCAAGUGGGGGUAAAGGGGGGUAUUUGAGAAAAAGAACCUCAUUCUGAAGGCAUAUAAGUGAAUAAAUUAACUUGUGCUCACCUAAGGACUACUCCUCUAGAUGAUGCAUCAUGGGUGAAUAAAAUUUUAUUUCAAAACUGUUUGGAGUUUUUACAGGAACUUGAAAAAGUGUUACGGUACUGAGACACGUCCACAGACACUAUGUUUUUACGUAAUAAAUAUUAUAGUUGAAUGUAAACGUCAACUAGUAUACCAUUUUUAUGAUUUAUGGAAAAACUAAAGCAACAUAUUUUGUGUUUUAUUCAAACAUGUUAGGUUUUUCUACAAUGAAAUUGUAUAAAAUGACCCAAGAAUUUAAUCCGGAUCCCCUGUAGCUCAGUUGGUAGAGCAUGGCGCUUGGUUUCUGGUUUCAUGAUAAUCACCCGGCUGGUGGCUGCAAAAUUAAUAUCACUGUUUUACCUUGCUUGAAUAUUCUUGUAAGCUGGUAGACAGGUUGGCUGUCACUACAUUAUUUAUAGAGCAUUGAACAAGGUCUAGACUGGUCUUGUACUAAAUCUAGACUCUUCAAUCCAUGGUAUAUCUUGUAUAUAGAACAGCUUCACUAUUAUCGGGAUGUGACCAUUAUUUCUGUAAUGGACACAGUGACGCAGCACUGACUCAUAGACAGCGUCUGGAUGUUAGAAUGAAUGAUGAUUUUUUUCUCAUGCUGGUUGAUGGUUCUCCAAAUUCCUCCCCCAAAAAUGCUUAAUCUCUGCACUCUGUUCAGACUAAUUUCUUGUUCGUUUACGUUACACUUACAGUGCCUUGCAAAAGUAUUCAUCCCCCUUGGCGUUUUUCCUAUUUUGUUGCAUUACAACCUGUAAUUUAAAUGGAUUUUAAUUUGGAUUUCAUGUAAUGGACAUACACAAAAUGAAAAAAAUAACUUGUUUCAAAAAAAUUCUACAAAAUAAAUAACAGAAAAGUGGUGCGUGCAUAUGUAUUCACCCCAUUUGCUAUGAAGUCCCUAAAUAAGAUCUGGUGCAACCAAUUACCUUCAGAAGUCACAUAAUUAGUUAAAUAAAGUCCACCUGUGCAAUCUAAGUGUCAUGAGAUCUCAGUAUAUACACCUGUUCUGAACGGCCCCAGAGUCUGCAUCACCACUAAGCAAGGGGCACCACAAUGACCAAAGAGCUCUCCAAACAGGUCAGGGACAAAGUUGUGGAGAUCGGGGUUGGGUUAUAAAAAAAGAUCAGAAACUUUUAACAUCCCACGGAGCACCAUUAAAUCCAUUAUUAAAAAAUGGAAAGAAUAUGGCACCACAACAAACCUGCCAAGAGAGGGCUGCCCACCAAAACUCACGGACCAGGCAAGGAGGGCAUUAAUCAGAGAGGCAACAAAGAGACCAAAGAUAACCCUGAAGGAGCUGCAAAGGUCCACAGCAGAGAUUGGAGUAUCUGUCCACAGGACCACUUAAGCCGUACACUCCACAGAGCUGGGCUUUACGGAAGAGUGGCCAGAAAAAAAGACAUUGCUUAAAGAAAAAAAUAAGGAAACAAAUGUUUGGUGUUCGCCAAAAGGCAUGUGGGAGACUCCCCAAACAUAUGGUACUCUGGUCAGAUGAGACUAAAAUUGAGCUUUUUGGCCAUCAAGGAAAACGCUACGUCUGGUGCAAACCCAACACCUCCCAGUACGGUCCGGCUUGUUCCUGUCCCUCGCACCGAGCCUGUGAUGCGCGUCGCCAGCCCGGCCCGGCCUGUUCCUGCUCCCCGCACCAAGCCUAUGGUGCGCGUCGCCAGCCCGGCCCGGCCUGUUCCUGCUCCCCGCACCAAGCCUAUGGUGCGCGUCGCCAGCCCGGCCCGGCCUUUUCCUGCUCCCCGCACCAAGCCUAUGGUGCGCGUCGCCAGCCCGGCCUGGCCUGUUCCUGCUCCCCGCACCAAGCCAAUGGUGCGCGUCGCCAGCCCGGCCCGGCCUGUUCCUGCUCCCCGCACCAAGCCAAUGGUGCGCGUCGUCAGCCCGGUCCGGCCCAUUCCUGCUCCGCGCACCAAGCCUGUGGUGCGCUUCGUCAGCCCGGUUCGGCCCGUCCCUGCUCCCCGCACCAAGCCUGUGGUGCGCGUCGUCAGUCCGGCACAGCCCGUGCCUGGGUCACCGGUGCCUGGUCAGGUACCGGUUAGCUGCUCCACAUCGGAGCCUGAGCGAUCCGCUCCACCGAUGUCCAGUCCAGAUCCAGCCAGCAGGGCCAGACCGGACCAGGGGCGCUAUGGGGGGUUUGUUGGAGGGUGGGGGUCAAGCCCGGAGCCGGAACCGCGCCUUUGGGGGGGGGUACUGUCACGCCCUGGCUCUGGGACUCUGUUAUGUUGAGCCAGGGUGGGUUGUUUCUAUGUGUUUUGUGUGCUAGGUUGUUUACCUAGUUCAUUUGUUUCUAUGUUGGCCGGUGUGGUUCUCAAUCAGAGGCAACGUGAAUCAGCUGUUGCUUGUUGUCUCUGAUUGGGAACCAUACUUAGGUAGCCUGUUUUUCCACAGUGUUUGUGGGAUCUUGUUCCGUGUUUGGUUAGUGUCUUUUGCCAAGGACGUCACGUAUCGUUUUGUUGUUUUGUUCGUGUGAUCAUUAAAAAUAAAAGUAUGUUCGCAUUCCACGCUGCGCCUUGGUCCUCUCUGUUCGACGAUCGUGACAAAAACGCUGCUUGUGUGGGCAUGAUAACAUGUCUCGUUACCCAAGCCACUCACCUUCCUGCUGACCUCUCUCUCUCUCUUUCUCUCUCUCUCUCUCUCUCUCUCUCUCUCUCUCUCUCUCUCUCUCUCUCUCUCUCUCUCUCUCUCUCUCUCUCUAUGUGCUAAGUUGACCUUUGAAAUAAUAAUGAUGUGGAAGUCCUUCGGAAAAAUGCAGCAGAAUAGUGAAUUCCAUAGCUUCAGGUGUGAUGAAUCAGUCGGUUUGUUAACAAUAUGUACGGAAUUCAAUUACACUUUAUUCCUCAGGGUGGUUACAAAUAGAUGCUGUGAAACCCCAGUGCUCAGGACAAUCAUGAUUUAAACAAAAUUUAGAAAAUAGACAGCAUUAUUAAUAAUAUGCUGUGGAGCCAGAUACACUGUCAGUCCAACCUGUACAGUCAUGGGAAUCUGUGAUUUUCAACUGCCAAUGGAUUUGCCAAGUCAUCUUAAUGGUCCGAUACAUAGUACAUUCGUUUAUUGUAUCUUACUAAAAACUGUCUCUUUUUUUCUUACAGUUACAGAGAAAGAGGUGCAACAGUGGUAAGUACAUCAUUUUAAAUGACCCUCCAAAUCUCCUUGUCCUGCUCUACUCUUUUUUUUUUUUUACCCCUCUCUUCUCCCAAAACUCAGAUUCUUCUAAUCUAUGCAUUGCCCCUAGUCCUCAAAUAGACUCUCAGAACUGUAGCUGCCAAUGUGGGUGAGAUUGACAGAGUCACCUGCAACAUGUGCUGUUUACUCCAUUUGGCAGAUGUUCUUGUGUUAAUGCCCCCGUGUAGCUCUGUUGGUAGAGCAUGACUUUUGCAACGCCAGGGUUGUGGGUUCAAUUCCCACGGGGGGCCAGUAUGAAAAUGUAUGCACUCACUAACUGUAAGUCACUCUGGAUAAGAGUGUCUGCUAAAUGACUAAAAUGUAAAAAAAUGUAAUUCCAGGGGCCAGCUGAAGGCUGGCUGCAGCCUGCAGGGUCACUGUGACUGAUCUGAACCUGGAGAGCAGGUCUGCUGCUCUGGGGGCUGAGCCCAGGGACUGGGGUGUGAGCUGGCUGAGAGCUGGCUGAGAGCUGGCUGGGAGCUGGCUGGGCUGGUGGCCAGGAGCUUCCUGAGUUGUUGACUCAUGUCUGACUGAUGCUCCAACUCUGCAGCUGGUUAUUAAGGACUUUCUACAGAGGGAGCAUUUCACUUUAUAUAGCCCUCUGAUUAAAUCCUCAAUUUGAUAGAUCCGCGAUACACAUAUAUUGCUUCUGAGGUGAAAUCCAUGGGAAAAGUAUUUAAGUAGGCUAGAUAGUAUAGUUCUACUGCAAAGUUAAUGUCUCACACAUUACCUUGAAGACAGAUGAGUUCUGAAAAUAGAAUGUCUUUGAAGCCAGAUAAUAGUGAGACAGAGUGACUUUGGAGCCUGUCUGAUAACACUGAUACAAACACCUCUGUGAUCUAAUCCCUGCGCCUCCCAAGCCUUCUGGGGCUAUUUUCAAGAGGGACUUCUGAUAACAAAACAAAUCGCAAGGUGCAAAGAGCAUUCUACACUCUUUUGUGUUACUGUAGCUCAUAGCAAUCCCUCCAUGAGAUUGUGGGUGUAUCACCAGAUUGCACCUCAAAUGUGUUUCAGAGAGGGUAGCCGUAUUACCAUGUAUUGCUCUGGCCUCCCUCUACUCUCAGACUGCACUUAACCUACUGGCUUUGUGACCAAAUAGGCCUACAUGAACACAGACACCUCUCAGACCAGCCAUGUCACAGAUUUCCUACAGAGUCAGGGAUUGGUGAUAUUGUUGAGGAUGAAAUCAAAUAAAAGUUUAUUGGUGAAGGCUUUCCUGGUGCAUGGGUCCCACAGUGAGGGUGAGAGGUGCUUUGAUGUGUGUGAUUGUGCCGGAUCCCAAUGGUUACUUAUCCAGGGCUUGGACCGGAAAAGGAGAGGAGAGCGGGUGUGAGGUUAUGUUCAGGGAGGAAACGAGGGCCUGGUCGAUGAAAUUCCCCACGGCACCAGAGUCCACUAGAGCCGUAGAGACAACACCUGAGGGACAGCCAGCCAGUGAAAUGGAAACCAGAAAGGGUUUGGCGGAAAAUGAUGAUAAUGGAAUACUCACGCCUACCCUGGGAGAGGGAAGAUGACGGGGCCGCCCGUCUGUCCUAGUGGACCCUCGGGUUGGAACGCACCGGACACCACUGAAGCUGGUGCCCCUCCUGGUCGCAAUAUGGACAGAGCCCCAGCUGUCUCCGGCAACGCCGCUCUACCGUGGAGAGGUGUGUGGCCCCUAUCUCCAUGGGUUCAGGUUCUGCCUCAGGACAGCCAAAGGAGGGAGGCGAGUGGCAAGGUGGGCAUCGGCGCUCCCGAAGAAGGUUAUCCAGAUGGAUGGCCAUCGUGAUGAGUGCGUCCAAGGAUAGGUUGUCAUCCCGACACGCCAACUCCGUCUGGACCUCUUUGUGCAGUCCUCUUCGGAAGAGAGUGCUGAGAGCCGGCUCAUUCCAUCCGCUGGAGGCUGCCACAGUAUGAAAGGUGAAGGUGUACCCCGCAGCUUUCUGGGCACCCUGCUGGAGUUGGAGAAGUCGCUCACCUCCCUCUCUGCUCUCUGGAGAGUGGUCAAAGACCACCCUGAACAGAGCCAUGAACCUCUCAUAGGAACCCAGCUCCUCCUCUCCUCUCCUCUCUCCCAGACGGCCGUAGCCCACUCCAACUCCCGCCCGGUCAGCAGGGAAAUGACCGUGGCAACCUUGGACCUCUUGUGGUGGGGGCUCCCGUCUGAUGGGCGAAAUAGAGGGAACACUGGAGUAGGAAGCCACGGCAUUUCGAUGGAGUGCCGUCAUACUUCUCCGGAAGGGAAAGUCAGGCAUCGCUGACCUGGGUGGACGGCUGGGGAGGCUGGCUCACUGUGACGACCCAUGGUAGGAGGCCCUCUGAUAGGGGUAUGGAGAGCCUCGCUGGUGGUGUCGAGGCGGUGGAGUACGCGGAGGACCUGUUGGUGGAGUAGAUUACCCUGUUCAUUGACCGUCUGGAAGAUGGUUUUAUCUUCUGCUGCUUCCAUAUUGAGAGGCAUGAAGUCCAGGUGUGUGUAAUAAUGGGGAGAAGGUGUGCGUAAUGAUGGUUGCCAGGACCGAGUGUUAGUAGACCGGCGACUUCGAGCGCUGGAGAGGGGGAGCGGGAGUAGGCGUGACACAGAUGUUAUAGUGGGAGCAGCGAAAUGCUUAUGUUACUAGCUCCUAACAAUGCAGUAAAAUGUCAAACAGGUACACAAAUAAAUACAAAUUAAAUAAAAACUAACAAUCACCCCAAUUAAAUAUAAUAUAUACUGAGUGUACAAAACAUUAUGAACACCUGCUCUUUCCAUGACAAAGACUGACCAGGUGAAUCCAGGUAAAAGCUAUGAUCCCUUAUUGAUAUCACUUGUUAAAUCCACUUCAAUCAGUGUAGAUGAAGGGGAGGAAACAGGUUAAAGAAGGAUUUUUAAGCCUUGAGACAAUUGAGAAAUGGAUUGUGUAUGUGUGCCAUUCAGAGGGUUAAUGGGCAAGACAAAAUAUUGAAUAGCCUUUGAAUGGGGUAUGGUAGCAGGCAUACAGGUUUGUGUCAAGAACUGCAACACUGCUGGGUUUUUCACGCUCAACAGUUUCCCAUGUGUAUCAAGAAUGGUCCACCACCCAAAGGACAUCCAGCCAACUUGACACAACUGUGGGAAGCAUUGGAGUCAACAUGGGCCAGCAUUCUAUGGAAUGCUUUCAACACUUUGUAGAGUCCAUGCCCCGAUGAAUUGAGGCUGUUCUGAGGCCAAAAAGGGGGGUGCAAGUCAAUAUUAGCAAGGUGUUAUUAAUGUUUUGUACACUCAGUGUAUAUGCGAUUUAGCAGACUCUUUUAUCCAAAGCGAAUUACAGUCAUGCAUGCAUACAUUUUACGUAUGGGUGGUCCCGGGAAUCAAACCACCUAUCCUGGCAUUACAAGCACCAUGCUCUACCGACUGAGCUACAAAGGAUCUGAUAUGCUUACCAACAAGGUUCAGCACCUGGACAAGGUUGCUGCUGCCCCCUGGGGGAAUGGAGUGUGGAAGUGUAACCUGGAUAGUGUUUGUCUAUGUCUUAAUACAGCCAUACCAUGCCAGUUCUAACCAGCCGGACUAACACCACAAUGCCAACGCGUUAAUAUUUAUCCUGGACGAGCCCCCAUCUGUUAGGAAACCAAUCACUAGCCUACGGAUAUUGUUGCACUCACGUUGUCUAGGGGUUCUAGAACUAGUUACAUGGUCUGUAACCUGAAUGAAUAUGUGCAUUUAUGUGAGAAAUCAGCAUUUGCGGACCGUAUUGGAUGCAUAUGUGUCCAGUUAGACAGCAACUUUACUUUAGGUCCAGGACCAGCUCUGUCUUGACCUCUUGGUCGGCAAGUCCAAGCAGAUUACUAUUUGUUCAGAUGGUGACAAAACAUAAAUAUGUAUCAAAAGGAAAAAUAUCAAAGGCAUGCCCAAACUAAAGAAUCAAAAACAAACAAAUUGCCUCGUGGCCACCAAACAGAACCAGCAAUCUCACGGCUUGCAAUCUGGCACACUGAAUGACGAUCACUCUAAUUGAUGGCACAUGAUGUACUUACCCACGAGGCUCAGCACCCGGACAAGGUUGCUGCUGCCCCCAGGGGGAAUGGAGUGUAGAAGUGUAACAUGGAUUGUGCGUUUGUCUACAGUGCAUUUGGAAAUUAUUCAGACCCCUAGAUCUUUUCCACAUUUUGUUACGUUCCAGCCUUAUUCUAAAAUUGAUUAGAUAAAAACAUUUCCUCAUCAAUCUACACACAAUACCCAAUAAUGACAAAGUGAAAACAGGUUAAAAAUAAUAAUAAAUAAAAAUACAGAAAUACCUUAUUUACAUAAGUAUUCAGACCCUUUGCUAUGAGACUCGGAAUUGAGCUCAGGUGCGUCCUGUUUCCAUUGAUCAUCCUUGAGAUGUUUCCACAACUUGAUUGGAGUCCACCUGUGGUACAUUCAAUUGAUUAGACAUGAUUUGGAUAGGCACACAUCUGUCUUUAUAAGGUCCCACAGUUGAGAGUAGAGUACGACCCUACAUCACACAGGAAGCGGCGCAGGUCCUAAUCCAGGCGCUUGUCAUCUCCCAUCUGGACUACUGCAACUCGCUGUUGACUGGGCUCCCCUCUGGUGCCAUCAAACCCCUGCAACUUAUCCAGAACGCUGCAGUCCGCCUGGUUUUCAACCUUCCCAAGUUCUCCCAUGUCACCCCGCUCCUCCGCACACCCCACUGGCUUCCAGUUGAAGCUCACAUCCACUACAAGACCAUGGCGCUUGCCUACGGAGCAGCAAGAGGAACUGCCCCUCCCUACCUUCAGGCUAUGCUCAAACCCAAGCACUUCGCUCUGCCACCUCUGGUCUCUUGGCCCUCCCACCCCUAUGGGAGGGCAGCUCCCGCUCAGCCCAAUCCAAGCUCUUCUCUGUCCUGGCACCCCAAUGGUGGAACCAGCUUCCCCCUGAAGCUAGGACAGCAGAGUCACUGCCCAUCUUCCGAAAGCACCUGAAACCGUACCUCUUCUAAGUGUAUCUUAAAUAAUAUCCCUCCUCACCUCGAACAAAAUAAAUAAAUACAAUAUAAUUCCUGAAGCAACACUUGCAUCUGACUGCCCCCUUUCUAGCUCUGACUUUGCUGAUAACUACUUUAUGGAGGAAAAGUGUACUUACUAUGCCUGGUAUAUGUGGUUGUUCCACCUAGCUGUCUUAGGAUGAAUGCACUAACUGUAAGUUGCUCUGGAUAAGAGAGUAUGCUAAAUUACUAAACUGUAAAAUGUAAAAAUGAAACAAUGGAGGAGGUGUCACAAGGGUACUUGUGUUGCAUGACAAUUUUAUUCUGAGGUCUUGCCUGACAAGCUGUGAAAAUAGCAAGUAAACAGUGAAUUAAAAUAUUUGUGGAGGUCGCUAAACCCUUGCAAUCACAUUGCUGGACAUGUUAUGAUACCCACCUUUGCUCCCUCUUAUAGGUCCCGGCAUCCGUUCAUGACCAGGUGAUCAGUCUGGCACCCAACUGUGCACUUUGUCUAACAGAAAAACAGCGUCAACAAUUGUCAUCAUCCCUCAAUUAUAAACAUAGCUUGAAAAAUAACAUAAUCUUAUUUGGAAGCUAUUUCUGCGCUUUACAGAUGUAGACUGACUGGCUCCAGAAAGUAUUAGAUUCAGGCCGGUGACACCAUACACUUCGCAACCAACUGUGACAUGUUUUGCUAUGGCCCUGGGUUGGUUUGAGUUAGUUGCUGCUAGUUAGUACACUGUUGUAGUCAGACAUGAGUUAGCUAGUACUACCAUAGCUCCAUCCAAUAUGUAUUUGUGCCAUAGUCAUGGGUUGCACCUUGGAGGCUAAUGUGACUGUUUCAUCUAAAUUACACUAACUUAGAGUGACAUAGAAAUACGAUGACAUUGCUAAAGUAGGCAAAUAAUUAGUAGGAAACAACUUUGCCAUAUUAUGACGUCGUCAAAUUUACUUUAGAGUGAUGGCAAUGUUGCCAUUACUGUUACUAGCAAAGUUCGUCAAAAAUAGCUAACAGUGCUAAUGUUAGCUAGCUUAAAAAUUGUGGUCCAUUCAAUCUUAGUUAGCUGGCUAAAGUUAUACUGCAUCUAAAGUCAAUCUGGCGAUAUCACAAUCAUGACAAAAUGUUUUCCUACUAAUUAUUUGCCUUCUUUUGAAAUGUUAUCGCGUUUCCAAGCCAAAUCCGAGUUGUAUUGAGGUAGGCUAACUAGCUAGUGAUGAUAGUGAUAAUGAUUAUCAAAAUAUACAUAACCAGAUACAUAAUCAGCAGUCUAUGGCCUAGCUACCGGUAUACUCACCACCACUUGGGACCAACGAACUCCAACCACCUAUUCCGCUUGAUAGGCUCCUUCGGCAGGGCAUGCAAACCAUUUGGCUGUGCAUCCUGCUGGAAGCAUGCAUUGCAUAGUCAAUCCGUAUAGGGCUUUUCAGUCUAAAACGUCUGUGAUCCUUUGAACACGUUGGGGCAAUGAAACAACGGAGCCCCAUUCAAUGAAGGGAAGCGAAGUGAGCGGAUGGGCGAUUUGCACGUGGAGCUUGGCAAAAGAGGGCAUGAUUUGUUUAAAUAAUUGUAAUCCAAACCCAACCUUCAUUUACUUGUUGUGACGAACUGAGGUUCCAAACUCCGUUUUAGACGAGACUGACUUUAUUACCAAAAUUAUCCUCUUUACACUUUGUAGUCAAUUUUGACACUACAAUACAAUGCAAAUAGUCUGGGUAGCCAUUUUAUUAGAUGUUCAGGAGUCUUAUGGCUUGGGGUUAGAAGCUGUUUAAUAAUAAUAAUAAUAAUAAUAAUAUGCCAUUUAGCAGACACUUUUAUGUUUAGAAGCCUCUUGGACCUAGACUUGGCGCUCCGGUACCGCUUGCCAUGCGGUAGCAGUGAGAACAGUCUAUGACUAGUGUGGCUGGACUCUUUGACAAUUUUUAGGGCCUUCCUCUGAUACCGCCUGGUAUACAGGUCCUGGAUGGCAGGAAGCUUGGCCCCAGUGAUGUACUGGGCUGUAUGCACUACCCUCUGUAGUGCCUUGCGGUCGGAGGCUGAGCAGUUGCCAUACCAGGCAGUGAUGCAACCAGUCAGGAUGCUCUCGAUGGUGCAGCUGUAGAACCUUUUGAGGAUCUGAGGACCAAUGCCAAAUAUUUUCAGUCUCCUUAGAAUAACCCCCUGGCUGUGGACUGCAGCCAAGUCAGUCAGCCUUCCAUCCAUUCUUUUACAUAAAACUUUGCAUGGCUCCUCACUUAAAGAUCAGCUGCAAUCACCAUGCUUGAGUGUGAAGGAUGAGAGGCAGUUUAAACAGGGGAAAUGCCAGAUGGUGUGUAAGUAGUGGAGGAGCCACUGACAGACAUAGAAUAAAUAGCAGGGUUAGAUAAAUAUACUAUUAAACCCGACUCUAGGCAACGCAUUGACAAAGGUUUGAAUUAUGGACUCUUUUGGCAUAGAGGAACUACAUCACUGCCUACGUUGAUAAGAAGGAAAAAAAAAAUCUGGGGGCUCCCCCAACAAAUCCCGAGGCAGCCAUGCCAGAAUGCCGCGAUAAAAAAAAAAAGUUUGCAGGCAAAACCUUUGCAGUGGUUUUAGUUAAGGUAGUUGAUGCAAACUAGCCACUUGCGAAAUGCACUCAUUCAAAAUAACCUCAGUGAUCUCCAUCUUGCUAGCUACUAUUUUGUAUUUUAUUCAAGCGAAUAAAGAAGUGAUGUAGGCAGUGACGUAGUUACUCUAUGCCAAAAGAGUCCAUCAUUGAAACCAGAUCCUAGUCACUGUGUUGCCUAGGGUCAGGUUGCCUGGUGCUGUUAAAUGUCUCCUCCAUAUUGAUCAAUGCUAAUGUAUUCAGGGGGAAAUGUCAUUAGCAUGCUUAGUGCUCACCUGCAAUCAAUAACACAGGGACAUAGCCAGGUAUCCCUGCUAACUGGACAACAACAAGGGAAAAUAGCUAAAAUGCCUUGUCCACAACACUGUUUAUAGCCAUCCACCAUGAUGACAGAUUACAGCCUGUUGGUAGAAAGCUGCCAGUCAUGUACAGUAUAUCCCCAGGUUGCCUCACUAACUAUGCCAUAAAGUCACUGGUCUACUGGUUUAGGCUAUUUUCAUGUGAGUAAGCACAAUUAUCCUGAAAGGCCUGGGAGCUAGGCUACUGUACAUGUCCAUGCACAACUGCACAUAUGCUACUGAAUUAGCCAGAGCCACAUCAAACUAGAGAGAGCUGCUUCACAUUUAGUUAGAUAGGGAUCAUCCUGCCCAAUUAGUAGUCAAUGGUUACUAAGCAAAUGAUUGAAUCUAAAGGCCUGUGUGUUUUUGCACUAGCCUGUUUUUGCAUAAGUCCCGCAAUGAAUCUACUGAAAAGAUUUCCCUCUCACAAAGACAAUGGGAAUUUCAGAAAUGAGUCAGACUAAAUCUAUCUCACUUGAAAUGAGUCAUAUUGGGAUUAUGAUGUGCUUUGUAUUACCUGCCUGCUGAACGGCAAUUAGACUUGAUUCCUCAUUGUUCUUCAAUGGGCUUUCAUUUCCUCUGCAUAUCUCCACAUCCAGAUAUGCAAAUAGGAGGAUUAUAGCCUUCUCUUCAAAAUUUUCUCAGCCCAUCUUCAGAGAUUCACUGUGUCUAUCUGUCCUAUUCUAGGCCAUGCAGGAGUGUGUUUUAUCUGUGAGGCAGAUUAAAAGUAUGAGUUUCAGAGUGAGGAGCCAAAGGAAGGAGUGAGUGUAGGGAGGAUCUGUCCUGGGCUUCAUUCUUCAUUCCUCUCAGUCUGGCCUUCAUUACAGCAGAUCCUCAUCAGGACCAGUCUGUGUUUGUGGUAAAUCACAUAGAGACAUGGGAAGUUAUGGGAACUCACAAAAUACCUGUCUACCUCUGAACAUCACUGUCUAACACUGGUUCAGACAUCAUGUGGAUGCACAUUUUAGUCCUCCAGACUGAUUAGUACCCUCAUGUUUUUACCAGAGAGUGAUGGAGAGAGAAAUAUACACUUAUCUCCUUAAACUAGCCUACUCAUCUCUGAUUCCUUCUUCGAAUCUCCCUCUCCGUCUCCCUCUCUGUACAGUCCCAUUAAAUGUUUGUUAUUCAACUCUGAUAACACUGUUUCUUUAUUGAGUUGUACAACGAGACUGUCUACCUUUAAGUGACGGGGCUUGAAAUUGCAUAUGAAACAUGGUUCUAUAAAUAACUGUGAUGUUAUGUCAUUCUGGACGUAUCAUCUCCAAAGGCUAGAAGCUCACAGAUUGAUUUAUCAUUUAUGCACAUUAUCAAAAGACAAGACAAGAAAGUAAUUUGAUUUGAAUUAAACUCCCUCUGCCUCUUUUAAUGGAUUAGAUACAUUAUCUUAUCUGCUAGCAAGAUAAAUAGCUUUGGGUUUAACCUUUUUAUACAACAUGCUGUUUUAAACUAGAUCAAUGCUGCUUGCCUGUGAAGAGCUGCGUCUGAAGCUUUGUGGUAUUGAACAGUUUCAUAUUAUAUUCAAUAGGCUAAUUAUAUCCUUAUCAUGUUAACUUUCUCUUGUGUUCUCUUUGCCUUCCUCUCUCUCAUCAUCCUCACCAUCAUCUCCUGCAGGUACAAAGGCUUUAUAAAGGACUGUCCAAGUGGUCAGCUGGAUGCUGUGGGCUUUCAGAAGAUCUACAAGCAGUUCUUCCCUUUUGGUGACCCCACCAAGUUUGCUUCUUUUGUCUUCAACGUCUUUGAUGAAAACAAGGUUUUUAUUUUUUAUUCUUUGUACCUCCAUACAAUACAUGUGCUUUUUCUGUGAUUUUAAUUACAUUUUCAGUUACUGCCAUGUUUGGGGAGAAAAUGCUUCCAUACUGUAUAGUAAAAAGGUUUAGGAUGCUGUUUCUGGUAUAUGGGUGAGAUAACUCUGUGAUGAUCUAACAGUUUCCAGUCUCUGUGGUGCCUGGAGGGUCAUGGCACUGUGUAACGGUCUCUAAUCAGAGGUGGAAUCUGAGCGCGGAAAGGGUGCCUUCUGUGGGGUCAAUCAGAGGUGAGACGGGUUGACAAAGCACAUGUCAGAGGUGCCUGGAAAUAAAAGGGAAAUGGACUUUGAACAAAGGUUUUUGUGAUUCACAACAAAGCAUUGCAAUUCUUGUUUCAUCCCCAUGGUUUGUAGGCUUUGAGAGGAUCCCCAAACAUUAAUGAAACAUGCUAGCACAGCCUGGCAUUAUGUUAUCAGUAUUAAUAAUUCAUAACGCAGCAUCCUAUUAUAGUUAUCAAGGCAAUCUGUUGUGUUGUUAAGAGCAGCCCUCACAGGCUGGUCGAUGACCCCAUGUGUCCAUAGCCACACACCAGUUCUGAUGUUUAUUUAUGGGCUUAAUUUGUGUUAAGCACCCUGUAGUUAGAGAGAGUGCAUUGGUCUUAAUAGUUUCAUUUGUGUUAAGCACCCUGUAGUUAGAGAGAAGGCAUUGGUUCUAAUAGUUUUUGUAAUCAGUGUAAUUUCUCAGUUCAAUGUCUGUUUUUGGAGAUAGAAUCAGUCUGAGAGGCUGUAAAAUGCUGUUGUUGGGUCUCAGCUCCCUGGUCUCCUUUAGCAGGCCUGGGUCAGGUCUGGGGCGUCUAACCUAGGAUGUAAUCUAAUGAAAAUCAAAUCAGAAAAGGUCUACUGGUAUUUUAACCUUCCAAACACAGUUCUCAUGAAGCAUCCUUGAAAACAAACAUUUUGUUCCCCUCUUCUCACUAUCAUGUAGUAGCAGGCAUAGCUGUGGAUUGUGUGUAAUCACAAGCGCAUACAGUCGGGAUGCUUGCCGCAAUUUGUCAAAUAUUUGUCAAAUAUCAAAAAGCUGAUUGUUUCGUAAUAUUUCAAAAUAAAAUUGCGGGAAAAACAACGUUUGGAAAAGCAAAUGGUUUCUGUUGCAAAGAGUAUACUUUCAUCCGUCUGUAGUUAGGCUCCCAAAAGAUCUUAUGAACUAUAUUGAGCGAACAGCACUGUUUUACAAAGUAUCUUGAGAUACGGCUAUUGGCACGAGUGCAUCGGUCAUGUCUCACCGCUAUUCAAUAUCUUCAUCAUUGGGUGAGUCGGUGCCACUGGAACGUUUUUUUUAAUACGUAGAAUUGCACGUAUUGCAAAUGCGAUGAUAGAUCCAUGGGAAACACCUGUGAAGUCCAUCUAAGAUGUAUAAUCGAUGUGAAAACUGUGAAACUUAUUUGGCUCUAAUAUACAAUGGUUCUAUGAAUGUGUAAUAACUUUCAAAAUACACUACAUGACCAACAGUAUGUGGACACCUGCUCAUCAAAAAUCUCAUUCCAAAAUCAUGGGCAUUAAUAUGGAGUUGGUCCCCCCUUUGUUGCUAUAACAGCCUCCACUCUUCUGGGAAAGCUUUCCGGUAUAUGUUGGAACAUUGCUGCAGGGACUUGCUUCCAUUUAGCCACAAGAGCAUUAGUGAGGUCGGGCACUGAUGUUGGGGGUUUAGGCCUGGCUCCCAGUCGGCAUUCCAAUUCAUCCCAAAGGUGUUCGAUGGGGUUGAGGUCAGGGCUCUGUGCAGGCCAGUCAAGUUCUUCCACACCGAUCUCGACAAACCAUUUCUGUAUGGACCUCGCUUUGUGCAUGGGGCAUUGUCAUGCUGAAACAGGAAAGGGCCUUCCCCAAACUGUUGCCACAAAGUUGGAAGCACAGAAUCAUCUAGAAUGUAAUUGUAUGCUGUAGCUUUAAGAUUUCCCUUCACUGGAACGUGUUUCCACUGCUCCAGAGUCUAAUGGCGGCGAGCUUUACACCACUCCAGCUGACGCAUGGCAUUGCGCAUGGUGAUCUUAGGCUUGUGCGCAGCUGCUCGGCCAUGGAAACCCAUUUCAUGAAGCUCCCGACGAACAGUUAUUGUGCUGACGUUGCUUCCAGAGGCAGUUUGGAACUCGGUAGUGAAUGUUGCAACUGAGGACAGACGAUUUUUACACGCUACGUGCUUCAGCACUCGGCGGUCCCGUUCUGUGAGCUUGUGUGGCCUACAACUUCGCAGCUGAGCCGUUGUUGCUCCUAGAUGUUUCCACUUCACAAUAACAGCACUUACAGUUGACCGAGGGAGCUCUAGCAGGGCAGAAACGGACUUGUUGGAAAGGUGGCAUCAUAUGACGGUGCCACGUUGAAAGUCACUGAGCUCUUCAGUAAGGCCAUUCUACUGCCAAUGUUUGUCUAUGGAGAUUGUGUGGCUGUGUGUUCUAUUUUAUACACCUGUAAGCAACGGGUGUGGCUGAAAUAGCCGAAUCCACUCAUUUGAAGGGGUGUCCACAUACUUUUGUAUAUAUAGUGUAUCUGGCAGCAUGCAUCCAUCUUGCUAAUGACCAGCGGUGACAUGUUUUAGCCUCGGGGUGAGCCAGGUGCAGAGCAGAAUAGCAGCAGACAUGGUGCACAUGUCUGCCCCACUUUUCAGCAAUAGACCAAAGUGUUUUGGGGAGUUAGUGUGAAAGAAGAUAUUUGUCUUGUGUCCAAGCCCCCCCCCCCCCCUCUCUCUCUCUCUCUCUCUCUCUCUCUCUCUCUCUCUCUCUCUCUCUCUCUCUCUCUCUCUCUCUCUCUCUCUCUCUCUCUCUCUCUCUCUCUCUCUCUCUCUCUCUCUCUCUCUCAUUAAAUAGGACGGACAAAUAGAGUUCUCCGAGUUCAUACAGGCCCUGUCGGUGACUUCGCGGGGGACACUGGAUGAGAAGCUCAGAUGUAAGGAGAGAUGACCCCUUCACAUCAGGCAGUGCACUUUGACAUUUCAGUGACAGGACCUGACUAUUUGUGAUUGUGUUGUUAUGCAUGAACAGAACAAAAAGAUUGACAUGCUCACAGAAGAAUACAAAUAAGAGAUUGUUAAGUAUUGUAGUGCACUAAAUUCAAUGGUGUUGCUUACGGUGUGGGCCCUGGGUUUGGAUCACCUUUAGAAAUAUUUGGGAGAAAUGGUUCUGCCACUCAAAACCCUCAUCCCACUCCACCAAUAUAGCCACUCAUUUUUAAUACAUUAGUAAAAAGUCAAGACUACAUACAUUCAUCCAUCCCCAUCUACCUGUACACAAUCCCAAAACAACUUUAUUUACAGUCAGUACUGGGCCUUCACAAUCUGUUUUUUUGCUGUCUUUAGGGGCUUUCAAAUUGUAUGAUCUUGAUAACGAUGGCUACGUCACACGAGAUGAGAUGUUAAACAUCGUAGAUGCCAUAUAUCUGAUGGUGGUAAGUUAUACAAUAUCAAAAUGUUCCAGUGUCAAAAAGGCUAAUGGUAGAAUUCACAUACAGUAUUUUACAUUGACCUGAAAUAUUGCAAGAUAAUGUAUUUGCCUUUGUGUUCCAGGGGAACACUGUAGAGUUACCAGAAGAAGAGAAUACACCUGAGAAGAGAGUGGACCGUAUUUUUUCCAUGAUGGACAAGGUAUAUCUCUAUUCCACAAAUAAAACACUGUAGUAACCCAAAACCACCACCAUGGGUUAAGAUAUAAUUAUGUCAGUGGCAGUACUAUUGUAAUGGGCUGACUAGCAACUCCACAGAAAAAUACCAUGUGUAUUGUGUUCCUACUGUGUCCCUGUGCUGUAGUGCAGUGAGACGGGCUGUGUAGAGUUUAGACCUCGUAGCCGUAGCCAUCCCAGCAUCACUAACAAUUCCCGCAGUCUAUAAACACCACAUAUACCCCCUCCACCACCACAGCCCAGUGCUAAUGCCCACUCAGGCCCUCCUCGUCCUUGGCUCAGUGAAAGAUGAGAUGGAGCUUGCUUGGGCGUGUUUUCAGUUCCACACCCAGUGCCAGGAUCAGCCGAUAGGACUGGCUGCAGAGCACAGCCGCAGUGCUCAGUCAUUUGUAUGGGUGGAGGGAAGUCAGCUGACCAUUCAAGUGCACUGAACUAGAUCAGCCAAGCCGUGAAGAAAAGGCCCUGGUAUAUUAAUCAUGAUUUGUUUGAGAAACACUUUUGCCCCCUGCUGGUAAAAUAGAGUAAAAGCGGCCUGAUCUGCGAUAGAGAUGCUGUUCCGUUGUACUGUAUCUUCUCCUGUGUUCUUAUUCCAGAAUGCUGAUGGCAAGUUGACCCUGCAGGAGUUUCAGGAGGGUUCCAAGGCAGACCCCUCCAUUGUGCAGGCACUGUCACUAUACGAUGGGCUUGUAUAG